UGGCCAACUUGUUCAGUUGAUCGCCUACUCGACUCGAGCGAAGAAGGCAGUGCUCCAACGCUCAUCCCCGUUUCAAAUUGAGAAGAACAACCAAACCGAAAAUUUAGCUGAGACUCAUUCAACUUUCUUAUAUCAAAGACAACAGUGUCGACCGAACGAAAGUGUGAACUCCUUCGCAGAAUUGCGAACAUUUCCGAAGCCGUUUUUGAAGUGAGACAAAUGUUGCCCGCCGGAAUCAUGGAGGACGAGACUUGCCGCAUCAGCCUUCACCAGCACAUUGCGGCCGCUCCGCCAGCUUCCGCCAUCCGGGCUAUUAAAGCCACUGACUUCUCCAUCGCAGCCAUCAUCGGUAGUAGCAGCAGCAACAGCAAACCGACAUCGCAUCACGAGUUCUACGUCAAACCGUCAUCACCCGAAUCAGCCAACAGCAAACCCAUUUUCCGUUUCGAUCCGGUGUCGACAAAGGCCGUGUUGCCUAAACAAGAGACGACACAGAUAUGCAAAUCGGAAGAGUCCGAUGUUGACAUCGAGAAGGAUGUGGACGUUGAAGAAUUCUCUGAUGCCGAGAACGUCUCGGCUUCGUCGCCGUCGGCUCUGUCUUGCGAAGACGAGCAGGAAGCCGACGAGGAAGAAGAUGAGGAAGACAACAAGAGCAAGAGCAGCAACGGAAACAGGAGCAAAUCGGGGCGUCCAGUUCGCGGAAACGGCAAGAAGAAGAACCGCUCAGAACCGGUGAACCAUUUGAUCAAGCCGCGCUGUAAUUGCGACGAACUCGCCACCGUCGACUGCCAAUUGGAGACCAAGGAAUUGUGGGACAAGUUCCACGAAUUGGGAACCGAAAUGAUCAUCACGAAAACGGGCAGACGCAUGUUCCCAACGGUCCGCAUCACCUUCUCCGGUUCGCUGUUCGGCGACCAUCGUGACGUGAGCAACAACGGAGCCAAUCGAGUGCGCUACUUCGUUCUGCUGGACGUUGUGCCAGUGGAUAGCAAACGCUAUCGUUACGCCUACCAUCGCUCUUCGUGGCUGGUGGCCGGCAAAGCCGACCCACCGGCACCGGCCCGUCUCUACACUCAUCCCGACUCGCCUUUCACUCCCGACCAGCUACGUAAGCAAGUGAUCUCCUUCGAGAAAGUCAAACUGACCAACAACGAAAUGGACAAACAAGGACAGAUUGUCUUGAAUUCGAUGCAUCGUUACCAGCCGCGAGUGCACAUCGUUAGGCGGAUGGAAGGUGACACGACUCGGCCAAUCGUCGACUUGGAACGCGAACAAUUCCGCACCUACGUUUUCCCGGAGACCGUCUUCACCGCCGUGACAGCCUAUCAGAAUCAGUUGAUUACGAAAUUAAAGAUCGACAGCAACCCGUUCGCCAAAGGCUUUCGUGACUCUUCUCGGCUCAGUGAUUUCGAAAGCCGAGAUUCAAUGGAAGGCAUCAUGGCCGAGCAUCACCAGCAGUACAUGCGUAACAAUCCUUUACGGCUGUUUCCCGACUCGUCGGAAAUGGAUACGGCCUCUUCUGCGGCUGCCGCCAUGUUAACGGAAAAGGCCCGCAGCGCGCUCGGUUUGCCACCGUCGGCUUUCUGGACGGCCAACGGCCAGCCGCAACAGCAUCCGGCGCAACAGCAACAGCAGCGCAUGAGGAACCCCUUAGAAUCGUCGUAUCAGCAGUUCAUGAAUCCAUCGGCCGCGGCGGCCACGGCGGCCGCCAUGUCGCAGUUGUACUCGCGCGGAGCGGCGGCAGCGGCCAGCGGAAUGAUUCCGCCUCCGCACUUCUGGUCGCAAUUUUACGGACUCAACCACCAACUCGGUCUGCUAUCCGGCCUAGCCGGUGGAUUCCCCGUUUCGGCUGCCGCCGGAAGUGAAUCUUGCGCUGGAUCACCACCUCCAUCGUCGGCAUCUUCCAGCAGUCCGAACGGAUUCAGUCACCAACAGCAGCAACACCAUCGCUAUUCUCCGUAUCCUUUGAACGGUGCCAAAGGCCAACUCCGCACUCCGUCGCCACGUAGCGUCUCCAUGGCCGUUCCAUCGUCAUCUCCUAAGUGAAUUAAGAGAAGGAAAAAGAAGAAAAUGAUCGUUUCCGAUCUACAUGUUCACGAUUGUACAUAACGCGCGUUUAUUGUCUUUCGAUACGUCAAACUGUACAUAUAUAGUACAUAAAGACUGGCCAUGCACGACCUCACGUCCUAUCCAUUUCAAUGAAAUCACCCUAUUUUUUUUUUUGCCCGUGUUUAUAUGCGUCCUUCUAUUACAGCAGUAUUUUUCUCGUUUUCAUUUUUUGUUUUUUUUUCUUCUCACUUUUCGAUUAUAGCUAAUCGAUGUAGUAAACACUAUGUACAGUUAUGUUGCCAAUUAGACAGAUUUCGUUUCAUUUGAAUUUUGUCCGAUUUAAGAAAUUUGAAUAUCACGCUGAAUGUAUCGACAAAGAAAACAAAAAACAAAAGACAAAAAAGCAUGAAAACAAAUCAUAAUAAACUAUGUUCAACAAUGAAAUAACAAA